AUGCGUGGCCGGGCUGGGAGCAAUGCUAGCAGCCGCAGUACCCAGAGUGCGGCCAGCACUCAGGCCAGCGCUUUACAUCAACAGCGACAAAUGAAUUACUGGAACUCGCCUAUCUCCAUUGAACAGGUUGUCAAGAGGCUCACGAGCGAGUUGAAAUCCGCCAAGCAACAAACUACAGACCUUGGUCAAACUGAUGAUUUCUUGACGACUAUCAUGAAACCGGGCUAUGCAGAGAAGGAGAAGAUGAUGAAGCCAUCUCCUUUGGAAGCCAGUGCUGCUCACCGGCAGUUGAAUGGACGACCAAAAAUGCCGCGGGUCGACUCCUUUUCUAGAUUUUCGGAUCCCCCCGCUCCUCCUCCUCAACAACCUUUACCAGAGAAGCCCGAUGCGCUCUCUCGGAGUGCGUCGGAGUCAUUCUCUUCUUUGAAGCGCAGUGAUACAGAAAAGCCCAAGGGCGGAACUGGUUCCCCUGUAUCACGCGACUCGAGCCAAAUUUUGUCUCUCAUCGAAGCACUGUCUACUGCUAAGCGGGAAAUUGACACUCAAGGAACCCGAGUGAAAGAAUUGGAGAGCAUGCUCUUGCAGGAACAGGCGGCUCGCAAGUUGGCCGAAGAAAGGAUCAAUGAGUUGGAGACACGUCCUGCCGUGGAAAGCAAAGAUACUGCCGCGGAUGACCAUGUUCCGAUCUUAGAAAACGGUGCCGAUGACGGAGAGAACAACGAGACGGAGGACACCGUGCAGGUCAACGGCGUCCACCCUUCAGAGGACCCUGCUUCACAAGAAACCCAGACAGAACCCCCUGUGGAGGACAAGUCUGCUGGGCUUCAGGUGCGCCUGGACGCCAUGAUGGAAGAAAUGGAAGAGAUGAGAAAACAAAUCGCAUCCUUCAAAGGUCGUGCAGAGCACGCUGAAGACAACACCAACCAGGCUCGCAAGUCACUGGCGGAAAUGGUAGAAACCUUACGCAAGGAACGAGCCGAGAAGGCAUCGGUGAUAGAAUCUGGCAGCAAAUCUGCUGCACAUGAUCACAGUCCAGCCAAGGACUUCUCGGGCCAGGCAGUGCCAAGCGAUGGCCCAGUCGAGCCCAAGGCGAACACCGCAUGUGUUGACUCCGCCAACUCGCACAAAAAGGAGAUCGAUGCUGCAGCCACUGCAUUCGCAACCCAGCACCAGAGGCCCAAUUAUGUGGAAGAGGCUAGUCCUUAUGCCUCCAUCUUCGGUGUGGUGCUAUUGGGCGUGGGGCUAAUGGCCUACCUCAACGGUUGGCAAAAGAUGGACAAAUAA